UUUGUCCUGAACUCACUGAUUCUUCUUCUCCCCAAGGAAAUACAACAUCCAAUCUCAACCCAUUUCACUGACCACUCAUUCCUGCAGGAAAUAGGAAUAUGGAUCAGACCGACGAAGCUGCAUUGGACGACUUGGAAGAGGUGAUUUAUUUGGAAGAUAUGGAAGAUAUAGAAGCUGAGAAAGCUGUGGAAAAUUUGGAAGCUGCCCCACCCUACCCAGGUCAUCCAUCAGAUUAUGGAGGAACAGAUGUGAACCACCAGCCUGGUUACCACUCAUCUCCAUAUCCCACUGUUAAUGUGGGAUACACAGCAUACCCAGAGCCUGGGCUGAAAGCAGGAGUUAACAAUCCAAACUUUCAAGCAGGCCCAAACCCAGGGAUGUACCCUCCAGGCAACAGCUCAAACCCAGGGAUGUACCCUCAACCCACCAGUCCGGCCCCAGGAAUGUACCCUCAAGCCACCACUGUAACAACCACAGUGAUGCUCCCGAGCCUGCGUGAUUUACCUGGUCAAACCAUGUGCCCACACUGUAACCACCAGGUGAUCACCAUCACAGAUUACUACACUGGACUCAUGACCUGGAUGGCCUGUGGAUGUCUUGCCCUCAUUGGAUGCUGGCCCUGUUGUAUAGCACCAUUCUGGAUGGAUUCUUGCAAAGAUGUGGAGCAUCGCUGCCCUAACUGCAACAACAUUCUCUCGUUCUACAGGCGCCUGUGAUCUGGAAAACAACAUGCCACUCAGUACAACAUCUUUCUAGCUCUAGGUGUGAUUAUAAUGGGAUCUUAUGGGCGGAAUACCUAGGAUUGUUUUGGAAUUUUAUUUCGCCUAGGUUGUAAAAGUACGAAAGAAAUCCUCUUGACAGGCAUAGACAAUAAGUGAUUUCAAAUAAUGUAUUUUAUUGCUUAACUAAAUGCAACAGUUGUAACACAGGUAGUAAGACUUAUGGUAAGUGUUCACGUUGUAUGAAAUAUUAAUUAAAAUUAUGGCCGGGAAUCAUUGUGCUCUUAGUAAAAAUACUUCAUUUUUUAUGAAGGGUGUAUAGCUUUAAAACUUUAAAUUCACAUACUCUAUAGGGAACUUGUGAGCUUACAUAAAAUACAUGAAAAUUGCUUUUAAAGUAAAAAUCUAAAAUAUUUGAAAGCAAUGUUUAACAAAACAAAGAGUAUGUAAAUUACCAUUUUAAAGCUUAUAUUCAACCUUUGUAAGAUAGUCAGAGCUCUGCCUGUAAAAUGUAGAUUGCUGUUGUAUCUUAGAUAUUGUGCCUUAUAAAAGAUAUUGAUGUGUUUUUGUAAAUUUUAAGUCUCUAAAGUUUUAAAGUAAACAAGUAACUAAUUUAGCAUUUUUGGGCGGUCGGAUAAAAUGUUCAAUUUUAUUGCUGUUCCAGGCUAUUUUACAUUAAUUUUCAAUUCAUAACUGUAAAUAUCAAGUCUCAACCUUUCAUAAUUAGCCUCUCUUAAAUAAACGGUCUCAGGGUUAACUUGUUAUUCUCAUUAAAAUGAAUCUCAGAUGGUUUGAAGAAAUCAAGCUUAAUAUAGUGAAGUAAGUUCUUUCUAGGAUGAAUGUAACUUGCUUGCUUGUUUCCUGUAAUUUAGCAGACUGUUUUUUCCCCUCAAAGAGAUUUACAAGGUACUGGCUGGUACUGGGGACAGUAUCUAUUGAAUAACCUUGGAUAUGAUUCUUUGCUCGAAGCAAAAUAGUUGUAGAGAGACUCAGUAACUCUCAAGAGAAUGGAGAGUAUUUCUCUUUCUAAAUGUGCACUUUGAAAUAAUCUUUUGCUCUGUCUGUAAAUGUAAAAUAGUUAUAUUAAAAGAAAA